AUGUCCUCCACAGUCGCAACCAUAACGCAAACUGCCACUUCGGCAGCCACUUCCUCGCUCGAUGCUUCAGACGCCGCCAAAGCCUCGGCCUCUUCGGCAGUGCAUUCGCUGUCUAAAGCCAUCGCAUCCGCAUCCGCAGCCCUCACCUCCGAAAGCGCCAUCGCCUCUGGCAACGAGUCCAACCCACCGGCCUUCAAAUAUAUCGGUCUUGCUCUAGCCGUCGGUUCCGGCUUGCUCAUCGGUUCUUCGUUUGUCUUCAAGAAGAAGGGCUUGCUUGCGGCACAGAAAAAGUACGAGACGGCAGCUGGCGAGGGUCAUGCCUACCUGAAAUCACCCAUGUGGUGGACCGGCAUGAUCGUCAUGGUCUUUGGCGAGAUCUUCAACUUUGUUGCCUACGCCUUCGCCGACGCGGUCCUGGUGACGCCGCUCGGCGCUCUUUCCGUCGUCAUUUGCGCAGUGCUCUCGUCUAUCUUUCUCAAGGAGAAGCUCACGCUGUUCGGAAAGGUGGGCUGCUUCCUCUGCAUUGUCGGCUCGGUCAUUAUCGCACUCAACGCACCUACAUCGCACGUCGGCGGCAAGAUCGUCGAGUUCCAGAAGCUCUUCCUUGCACCAGGAUUCCUCACGUGGGCCGGCGUUUGCAUUGUUGCCUCGUUGGUGCUCAUCUUUGUGUUCGCGCCCAAGUAUGGCAAGCAAAACAUGAUGAUCUACAUCACUGUUUGCAGUCUUAUCGGCGGCCUCAGCGUCAGCGUAACCUCGGGCCUUGGAUCCGCCAUCCUGCUCUCGAUUCGAGGUCAGAACCAGUUCAAGCACUGGUUCAUCUACUUCCUGCUCGGGUUUGUCGUUGUCACUCUGCUGGUCGAGAUCAACUACCUCAACAAGGCGCUCGAGCUGUUCAACACUGCGACGGUCACGCCGACGUACUAUGUCAUCUUCACAGGCGCGACCCUGAUCACAUCGAUCAUCCUGCAGCAAGGACUCAACGCAACUGUCGUCGACAUUAUCACGCUCGUCAUGGGCUUCCUGGUCAUUUGUGCUGGUAUCGUCUUGCUGCAGUUGAGCAAGAUCGAUCCGGAAGAGCUACAGGACAAGCCCGGGCUGGAUCGCGACACGACGCUCUUAAUGCGUGCCAGUCACUCGGUCAUCUCUCAUGGAGGCGAGAAGGCCGAAUCUUCGGCCUACGAAGAUCCGGGACUGGACACGGUGCGAGGCGGUAUGGGCAUUGUUGGGUCUAUGAUCCGUGCUCGCAGCUCGCGCCGUCUCAGCUCGGCUAGCUCGUGGCGACAUCACAGUGCCGCCGACGAGUACACGCUUCGAAGCCGCAACAACUUGCCUCUCACCACGCAUGGUGCGGGACAGAUCGAGCGGUAUCAGUUGCAAGAUACGCCGCUUUCUCCACCCGGCAUGCACCUUGACAGCUCUGGCGGCGGCUUGGCCGUGCCGCGAACGCCUAGCCGGAGGAACACCGCCAUUUCGUUUGAGCCUGGUGCCGACUCGCCGCAUGGCCAUCACGCUGGCGAGGCACCUCCGGUCACGCAGUUUGGCGCACUGCACAGCCCGUUGCACUCGAUCAAGGAGACUUCCAACGGCAGCGGCCGCAGCACGGAAGCGUCUGAUCAGGGCAGUGCGGAUUCGCAGCAGGCGCAGCGUUCAAAUGCGUAUGUGGACCCGUAUGCGCCGCGACAACACUCGCCGUUGUCACCGACCAUCCCGCGAUCGGACGGGGCCCCGGACAUCCGCAAUAUGUGGGAGCAGCCCAAUCUCGCUUACUCGUCCUCGCCCGAUGCGACGCCAGAGACGGAGGAUGACGAGUAUUCCAUCCGUGCGGUUGCGUCGAGUGUGGCUGAUGGCGACCCGCGCGGUAGUUCUCGCAGCAAGUCCAAGGGGUAUCCCAAGAUCAAGCCGCGCUCAGCAAGUAAAUCGAACGGCAGCAAGGGAAGCAGCGACGACGAUGAAGCGGAGGAACUGCUCAGUCCGAGGUUGGGGUACCGUUGA